CUGCAAGUCUCUACAAUGUUUGUUAGAUACAGCAAAAGAAAGCCGACAAGCGUGAAAGCGUAUUUUUGACACUGACUAUUACAUGAUAACCUCUGAGAUGUCUGUCGACUGUGUUUUGACAACAAAUGGGUCCAUCAGAUGUGAGCUGUACCUAUUGCUAUGAGUGAGACAUGAAGUCACUGGCACCAAUUGUUGGUCUAACUAGACCGGGGAAGAAUCUAUAUAUUAAUACAACAUGGUUUCUCACAAGGUCCAUGUCAACUCACUAUGAUACCUUGGGAAUUAAAAGGAAUGCCUCAAAUGAUGAUAUAAAAAAUGCUUUUGUAAAGUUAUCUAAAAAGUACCAUCCUGAUGUCAGCGCCCACAAAAAUACAGCACAGAAGUUCUCGGAGGUUGCAGAAGCGUACGCUGUCCUAGGGAAUGACAAAUCCAAGAGGAUAUAUGACAAAGUACAUAACUCAGUGCCAUCCUCCAGUUACUCAGGAAACUACGGUAGCGGAGGAGAACGUGUCGUAUACAGAUCUAGUGAUCCAAAUGAUAACAGCUUUCACGAUCUUAGGCAGCGGAGGUAUCAGCAGGUUAACUACCAUAAAAUGCAGUUUUCACAGGACAGAGCAAGCCAAGAUCAAUUUUUUGCCCGAGGACAAGCGUAUAUGGCAGUAACAUUAGGUGUGUCUCUAGGAUUUAUGACCUUCAUUCUUGUGGUGCGAAAAAACACAUCAGAAAGCUUACAGGUACGGGAGCAACGAGCAUUGGAGAUGCAUCAAUUAGUUACUGGGAAAAGUGUUUUACCAUUUGAAAAGAUGAAUCUUGACAGACCAAUAGAAAGAUCACAAGAAAGAGCAUCAGAAAGGCUACGAGAGUUUAAAAUCUAAGGGAGAUAACUGUGAUUUUUAUAGCAGCUAACUUGGGUGCAACUCCCAGAGGCAUGCAACUGGCUUGAACAGGUGUGAGGCUGAUUGGCAGAAAACAAACUUUGUCUCUGGCAACUCAACAGCUUGUCACUCACUCUCCAGGGAUCUGAAUUAAAACAGGGAAAAAUAAAUUUUGAAUCAUGACCUAGAGAGAAACUCUCUGCCUUGAAAGAAUUUAAACAAUAAAUUAAUUUUGGAAUUCCAAAUCGUGAUAAUGAUAUGCUGCAUUUGUUAAACAUAUCAUUCCUGUAUGAUAUUAAUAAUGUUCAAUAUGCAGAUUAUGAGUUCUAAUAUGAUGAUUAUAGUAAUUUUUUGUUUUAUUUCAUUAUGUUUUCUUAAGCUAUUUAAAUAAGAUAUUACAUAUGCAUUUACAGGUUUAACAUUUUAAGGAAGCAAAAUUAACAGUAUUUGAUACCAUGGCCAGUAGCUACAUGUAUAUAUACUGUUCUUACAAUGUACAUAAUUAGAGAAGUCCAGAAAUAGGAUCUUCUAUAUUACACGUAGAUACAAUCAAGAAUAAAGUGAUCUUUUUCUGAUUGACAAAAUGAAGAUUUUACUGGUACUAUUAUAAUGCAUUUCACAAGGUGAUUAAAAAUGUUCAUGGUUUUGUGACAAGAGAUAUUAAAAGUCUUUCAGAUAUUUUUUUUAGGGAUUAUCAAGUGUGAGUAUCUGAGAGAGUAAUUCAAGAAUGUUUUAAAGGUUGUGUGAGACAACUCCAAACAAGAGCCUUUAUUUUUAAUGUACAUAGGGUGCAAGAUUGUGUAUAUACUGAAACAUGUGACAGAGAAUUAAAAUUAUACUCACUAUCAUA